UGUUCACUAUGGUUUACUUUGAUAAAAACAAAAUUGUAUUAUUUGUAAUCUUGUCAUAUUAAUAUACAAAUUGUUAAUGUGUCCAAGAAAAAGCUAAACAAAGUUCAAUAAUUUACGUACAUCUAAUACUUCGUAGUAUUAUAUAUGUUUUUUUUUAACUCAAAUAAAGUAUCCUUGCUAGACUCUACAGUUCAAACCAAAAUGGCCACUAAUGAUGAGAAAUAUGAAAGGAUUGCAGUGAUCACCGGGGCUAACAAAGGCAUCGGAUUCGAGAUCGUUAGGCAGUUGGCGGCGGCAGGGGUGACGGUGGUGUUGACGGCGAGAGAUGAAAGGAGAGGGGUGGAGGCCACCUCAAAGAUUCAUAGCUUAGGCCUCUCAAAUGUGGUGUUCCAUCAGUUGGAUGUCACAGAUAUUAAUAGCAUCACCUCAUUGGUUCAUUUCAUUAAGGCUAAGUUUGGGAGACUAGAUAUCUUGGUGAACAAUGCUGCUGCUUCUGGAAUGGAGGUUGAUGAUGAAGGAUUAAGAGCCUUAAAUAUUGAUGCAGCCACCUGGUUAUCUGGAAAAGCAGCUAGUUUGGUUCAAGAGGUAAUGAAAACAACAUAUGAGAAAGCAGAAGAGUGUUUUAACACUAAUUACUACGGCGUUAAAGGAGUGACUGAAGCUUUGCUUCCAUUAUUAAAGCUUUCGACUACUAAUGCAAGGAUUGUAAACAUUUCCUCUCUUAGAGGAGAACUGUGGAGAAUUUCAAAUGAUCAAAUCAGAAGCGAGUUUACUAAUAUAGAGAGCCUUACUGAAGCCAGGAUUCAAGAGAGACUGCAAGAAUUCUUGCAAGAUGUGAAGCAAGAAACAUUGAUAGAGAAUGGAUGGCCCUUGAUGCUGCCUGCAUAUGGCAUUUCCAAGACAGCACUUAAUGCAUACACCAGACUUCUUGCUCGGAAAUACCCUGAAAUGUGCAUAAACUGUGUUCAUCCGGGCUAUGUUGAUACAGAUUUAAACUGGCAUACAGGACUAAUGAGUCCAGAAGACGGAGCCAAAGCACCUGUCGGUUUGGCCCUGUUACCUGAAGGUGGACCUACAGGGUGCUACUUUGAUCAGACGAAAGUAGCUAGCUUCUGAUCUCAUCUAGCAAGAGGGAACUACAAAUUGAGGGCUGUUUGACUCCAAAGAACACUAGGAUCUCGUCUGCUUGUCAUUGAAAUUCAAAUGUAUUACUUAAGAGACAAAUUUGUAAUAAAAGUAUCAUAAAAUGGUAGUAUCAUAAUCUAAUCCUCAGCAUAGAUUAUAGUUACUACAUGUCAUAUUGUAAAUUAAAGCAGCAAACAUAAAGAUCAAACAGUUCUAUGUAAAAUAUAGGCCCAAAUUCAUCUUGCUAAAAGACAGCAUAUAAAAUGUGUUAUUUGGGCCUA